CUCUAAUACAAGUGAGCUAUGGCAGUCUUUUAUCAUCUUCGGCUGGUGUCUCUGGCUGUGUUGAUGCUGGUGUCUCAGCUGGACUUUGCCAGUGCUACUGUUCGGGUGUUUGGCUUACACGCCAGGGACCUCACCGGUGACGCUGCUGGAAACAAACCUGAUCCAUACCUCAAGGUCUGGUGUGGCUCUGUUUUUGGGGGCCAAACAGAAUAUCGCAAGGAUACUGCUCAUCCUACAUGGUCUGCAGAGUUCAACUUCCCAAAUUGCAAAGCAAAUGAAACCUUGAAGCUGGAGGUGUGGGACAAAGACCUUAAUUUUGAUGAUCGCUUGGGCACGUGUACCAAACAGGUGCAAUAUGGGUCUUUCACUGUUACUUGUUAUCUGAACAAAGGAACCGUGUUUUACAGGUACGAGUUGUUACAAUAAAUCUGUUCCAAUCCAGCACUUUGUGAUGACAAACCUCUACUGUGACUAGCCUGAUAGUAAUAAAGUUGACAAUAUACAUUGAACAUUCACACUGAAUGUUUAUUAUGUUUUUGUUUCAUUACAUGGUGGAAU